AUCUCACUCUCCCGCUCUUUGCACUCCGGGGGUAAUAUGGUCAUGAACACCUCUUGUCAGAAACGAAGCUCUUACCGGGAAAUAUGCCAGUCGACGAAGCAUCACCGGCCGGAAAAAACAAUCUGCGUCACCGGAGCAGGUGGAUACAUCGCUUCUUGGAUUGUUAAGAUACUUCUCGAGAGAGGUUACACAGUCAAAGGAACCGUACGGAAUCCAGAUGAUCCGAAGAACACCCAUUUGAGAGAACUAGAAGGAGCAAAGGAGAGACUGAUUCUGUGCAAAGCAGAUCUUCAGGACUACGAGGCUCUUAAGGCGGCGAUUGAUGGUUGCGACGGCGUCUUUCACACGGCUUCUCCGGUCACCGACGAUCCGGAACAAAUGGUGGAGCCGGCCGUGAACGGAGCCAAGUUUGUAAUCAAUGCUGCGGCUGAAGCCAAGGUCAAGCGCGUGGUCAUCACCUCCUCCAUUGGUGCCGUUUACAUGGACCCGAACCGUGACCCUGAGGCUGUCGUUGACGAAAGUUGUUGGAGUGAUCUUGACUUCUGCAAAAACACCAAGAACUGGUAUUGUUACGGCAAGAUGGUGGCGGAACAAGCGGCAUGGGAGACGGCAAAGGAGAAAGGUGUUGACUUGGUGGUGUUGAAUCCGGUGCUGGUUCUUGGACCGCCGUUACAGCCGACUAUCAACGCCAGUCUUUACCACGUCCUCAAAUAUCUAACCGGCUCGGCUAAGACUUAUGCUAAUUUGACUCAGGCUUAUGUGGAUGUUCGCGAUGUCGCGCUGGCUCAUGUUCUGGUCUAUGAGGCACCGUCGGCCUCCGGACGUUAUCUCCUAGCCGAGAGCGCUCUUCACCGCGGCGAAGUUGUUGAGAUUCUGGCUAAGUUAUUCCCGGAGUAUCCACUUCCGACCAAGUGCAAGGAUGAGAAGAACCCUAGAGCCAAGCCAUACAAAUUCACUAACCAAAAGAUUAAAGACUUGGGCUUAGAGUUCACAUCCACCAAGCAAAGCCUCUACGACACAGUCAAGAGCUUACAAGAGAAAGGCCAUCUUGCUCCUCCUCCUCCUUCAACAUCACAAGGAUCCGUCGAAAAUGGCAUUAAGAUCGGGUCUUGAAAAGCUUAUUUAUUCCCUCAAGUAUCCCCCUUAAGUAUCCUUAGCCAUUGAAAUUGCUUUUGUUUUAGAAAAAUAAAAGUUAUGUGCAACCUGUUUCAAAUUGUCUUGUCUGGUUAUGAAUCUCUAUAUCAGUUCUUUAGCCAAACCGUUUGAUGGAUUUUGUAGACAAGGCUUCAUGUUUGAUCUAUGUAAUAGAUUACAUUAAGCAAG